GAAUAGAAAGAAGUGCAACAGCCGACUCAACCAGUGCUCUUGGAAAAAGUGACGUUACAACAGGAGAUGUAGUUACUGAAUCAACCGAGAGAAUCGAAGAUGCAUUGACUAAACCGUUCGAAUAUUAUAACGAUUCAUCUGAAAUAAUGGGGAACUGGACCGGCUAUUUCACGUGUGCUAACGUUGGUUACAAUGCAACAUUAAAAAUAAUAAGAAUGUGGUAUACUAUCAACAAAUGGUGUUAUAUUAUUGGUAACCUAAGUUUCUCAAACUCUUCUCAUGGAAUAGAUGGCGUUCAUGAAGUCAUGGGCACGUUCAACAUGGAGACCAUGAAGUUCUCUAUGCUUGGGUUGAAAUGGAUGAAACAACCUGAGGGUUGGGUCUCAAUGUUUCAGCUUCGGUGUACCUACCGAGAAGAUUCUCAGACGAUUGAAGUUCAGUUUAGUAGGCCAGCCGUUUGUACAACUCUAUCAGUAACAAUGACCAGACCUUUAAUGUAGAGAAUCAUACGGAGACAUUACCCAAGAAUUGAGUCGUCGUUUACUGUGUAUACAGGGACCGAAGAAAAGUUAAUUAACUCGGUCAAUCUUGCAUAUUCCUUCUUGAAACAG